CAUGUCCUCUCUCUUAACUCUCAAGAUUUUUUGAUGCAUCAAAAUACAAUAGAAGAAAGAAAUUUGAUAUGCGCAAUACUUUUGAUCUUCUGCAAUUCCUUCUUUGCAUAUCUUGACGUCGUCAAUGGAGAUCCUAAACAGGUAAGUUUUUUUUUAUUUUUGCUUGGUUGUUUAGUUGUUGAUAGAAAGUAGAAACUUCAGUUCCUGUCAUAUUGGUAUUUUGAGGUUGAUGUCCAAAAGUGAUACUUCAGUUGCUGUUUUUAAAGUUCAAGUGGGGUUAUUUUUCUGUUUUUGAAUUCUGGAAGUCCAUGUUAGUCUAUUGAUUCUGCAUUACGUGGUUGUUGGGGUUUCUUGAGAGAUGUUUGUUUUGCAAGUGAGGUUUGGUUUGAAUAUGGCUAGUCUUGUGUUUUUUUUUUUUUUUACCUGAUUUGGUGAGUUUGGUGAAGAAAAAGUAAAAUGAGUGACAGAGAAGAAACUAAGAGAGAAUCCUUUUGGACAAUUUGUUGAAUCUUGACAAUGCAGUGUAGUAUUUAAAGACCACAUGAAAUAGUAGUUGAGUCAUUUCACCGGGAAUUUGAGGGCUAGGGCUUGAUUUGGCAAUGUCUCAAGUAGAUGGCAUUGACAAUCUUGUAGCUUCCAGGAUAGUGUUGAAGACCAGUAUAGAGAAUUCAAGAGCUCUUGCCUCUGCUUUUGACAGUACAGGCCAAAGAUUGGAGGGGAUGAAACAAAGAUUACCAUCUCUGGAAGCCGCUGUUAGACAUGUCCCCAGGAAAAAGUGCACAUUUGUUGCAAUUAGAGAGCAUAUUGAUCGUGCCAUUGGCCCUGCCGCAGCGGUGCUAAAGGUGUAUGAUAUCAUUCAAGAGCUCCAGAAGUCACUAUUGUCUCACCCGUGUUCUGAUCUUUCAACUUACCUGCUAAUGGUGAAACAGCUUGAGGAAUCAUUGAAAUUUCUGGCUGACAACUGCAGGCUAGCAAUUCAGUGGCUGGAGGCUAUUCUUGAGUUCCUGGAAGAUAAUGCAGUUCAUGAUGAUCUUUACAUCUCGAACGUCAACAAGUCAUUGAGCAUCCUGCAAGAGUUGCAAGCCACUGACAAACAUGCUCGGCUCGGUGGGGGGAUUCUCUGUGCUGCAUUGCACAAACUUGAAAUUGAAUUCAAGCAGAUUCUUGUGGAGAACCGCAUUUGUGGUGUUUUGGAUUCUUUCUCAUCUUCUAUUAGAAAUCAAGCCUCCAUUGCUCCAUCUCCUCUGCCAGUGGCUGUUAUACAGAAGCUUCAGGCUAUUGUUGAGAGGCUAGAUGCAGAUAAUAGGCUUGAGAAAUGCAUUUCGACUUAUGUUGAAGUUCGGUGUCUGAAUACCAUGAGAAGUUUUCAAGCUCUUGACUUGGAUUACCUCAACCAGUCAUUCAACGAAUUUGAUGAUGUGCAAGAUGUUGAGUGUUACGUUGAUCAAUGGUGCAAGCAUUUGCAGUUGGCUGUAAAGCAAGUUUUUGAAACUGAAUAUAAGCUUUGCAGUAAUGUGUUUGAGAAGAAUGGACCAGAAGUUUGGAUGGAUUGCUUCGCAAAAAUCGUUACACAAUCUGGAAUUCUUUCUUUCCUCCGCUUUGGAAAGAAGAUUACAGAGUGUAAGAAUGAUCCAGUCAAGCUCAUGAAGCUACUGGACAUUUUUGCGACGUUAGACAAUCUGAGAGUGGAUUUCAACAGACUUUUUGGAGGGUCAGCAUGCUUUGAAAUCCAGACUAUGACUAGGGAUCUCCUCAAGGGAGUUGUUAAUGGAGCUUGUGAGAUUUUCUGGGAACUUCCGAUCCAAGUGGAGCUGCAAAGGCGAAUCUCACCUCCUUUAGAUGGCAGUGUUCCAAGGCUAGUAAGCUUUGUAACCGAUUACUGUAAUCAUCUACUAGGGGAUGAUUAUAGGCCACUAUUGACUCAGAUUCUGACAAUUCAACAGAGUUGGAAACAAGAGAAGUGCCAAGAGGAACUCGUUACCAACCAGAUUUAUUACAUAAUAAAGCAGAUUGGUCUAAACUUGGAUGCAUGGUCAAAAGCCCACUAUGAUCUCACACUGUCCUACCUUUUCAUGAUGAAUAACCAUUGUCAUUUUUGCAGCUUGAAAGGGACAAAUCUUGGAGGUUUGAUGGGAGAUUCUUGGUUGAAAGCUCAUGAACAGUACAGGGACUAUUACAUGACUCUUUACCUGAGAGAAAGCUGGGGAAAAAUAUUUGCUUCUCUUAGCCAAGAGAGGGGAAUUGUGGGGGAUUUGGUCAAGAAGAGACUGAAGUCAUUCAAUGAGGAGUUUGAUCACAUGUACCAGAAGCAAUCCAAUUGGGUUGUUCCCUGCGAAGACUUAAGGCUGAAGAUGUGUAAAAUUGUUGUCCAGGCUUAUGUACCUGUUUACAGGAGCUACUUGCAGGACUAUGGAUUCCAGGCUGAAACUGAUGCUAGUCCCAGCAGACAUGUGAAAUACACUACACAAGGUUUGGAAGCCAUGCUCAGCUCUCUCUUUCAGCCAAAGCUAAACAAGUCUGGCAGCACCAAACACAACCGUUUGAUUGGUAAAAUAAAAGACAUCGUGACAGAUAACUUUCGCUUGACACUAAUGGCUGUAUAAAGCGUGCAAGGUUCUUACAGUUGCCUCUUCUCUCAGUUAUCUACUGGCUAGCUUCUUCUUCUUCCUUUUUAAUUUCUCCUAGAAAUUCUAGCUCCUGUCUUGUGUAUGUUUGUUCAUCUGCCAAAUGAAAACACAUCGCUUGGUGGUUGAGGUCCUCUGGCAAGUUGCAAUUGAAAGAUGAAGUUUGCUUGUAUCGGCUUGUACCGAUACAGUUUGGUGGGGAAGUUGUAUUCUUGCUGUUUGUAACUUUCUGGUUAAGAAUGAUGACGAUGGAAU